GGUGGCAGCCCUUAGUUCGGUGGCAGCAUUUGGGCUAGGUGGCAACGUUGGCUGUAUUAAGUUUAGCAUCCAAUAUUCACAUUUUUUUGUUCGUUAAUUUUACUGUGCACGUGCGCUGAAAGCAUUUUCAACAGCAAACUGCGCAAUGGAGCAUCACACCUAUGCCAAAAGUGGCUCCAAGAAGUGGUCAGCGGAAGAGAAGCGUCUGCUUGUCACAAAGCGCAUUGAAGCCGAAGAUUUGUUCUCCAAGUAUUCAUCGAAACAAGCGGAGCCAUGGAAAAAGUUCAAGAACAUGGCCAAAAUAGGUGACUACAGUGAACGCGCGCUGCGCAAACAGUGGCUCAACAUGGUGCAACGCUAUCGCAUACAGAAGUCAACGCUGCAGGUGACGCCGCUGAAUAAACAGUGCAUCGAUGUGCUCAACGAGGAGUGGGAGUACUUCGGUGAGAUUCAUGCUUACAUGACCCAAAGAACCACCGACCUGCACUCGUAUGCGCUCAAGGAACCCAACCAGGAUCAGUCCCACAACAAUAACAAUAAUAAUAAUAAUAGUCUGGCCAUGCGUGGCGUUGUCAAUGAUCACAACUUUUGUGACCGUUCGGCUGGCAUCAAAGCCGAAAUCCGAACCCAUCAAUUGACUAUGGAUAAGAAGAUGUUAUCUGGCGAGAAGCAACCAGCGAGCAGCGAUUCAUUCAGCGACAAGUUAGUUGACUCACUGGCCAAGCUAGAUGAGCAACAGUACAAAUUGGAGGAAUCUUCCUCUUCCUCCAGUGGCAAGGAGAUCAAGAACGAGCCCAUCAAGCACGAGUUUCUGUCUGAUAUGGAUUUAAAUGAGUGUACCGCAUAUACAUUCACCGACUCGGAUUCACAAGAAAGCUCGGAGCCGUCGGAUCCCGUGGCCGUCGAGGAAUCUGAAUUAUCAUCGGAUUCAAUCGUUUGUUCUCCACCUCUGCCGGAGAUAUCUGAGGCCAAGACAAUCGUUCAGUUACCUGCAUGCUCGGAGACAGCGUCAGAGACACCGAAGCCACAAACGCCGAAACGCAAACGCAAAGUGAUGAGCGAGAGGGAAAAGUAUUAUAGACAUCGCCGUCGAUACGAUCAUCGCAUGGAGGUGCGUCUGGGAGGACUCUGCAUUGUGGCUGGACAAUUGCUGGAGCACUUGGUGCCCGACCUAAAUGUCGCCCCCUUGCUAAUGAAUGUCUACAACAACGUGGACUUCAAUUGCAACAGCAGCUGCGACGAAGAAGAUACCGAAGAUGAUGAUGGCCAGUAAUGAGUUGGGGCAACGGGAGUUCCCAUGGAUGCUUCAGAUGCUAAACAUCAUGUUCAUGUUACUAAAAGAUUCAAAUUGUUCUAUUCAAACAUACAAACACACACAACACUUAAAACACUUCCCUGGCUGUACAUUUCCUAAGGCAACACGAGAGACACGUUCACGUUGAGUAAACUUGUACUGUAUUUAAAGAAAAGACUUGAAAAGCACAAAACGCUAAGCUCUAAAUGGUUCAAAGAACGAUCGUUCAGAAUUAUUGUAGAUACUCGCUUAUUGUUAACAGAAUGCAAACUAAACACUAUCAAAUAUUGGCAACAGAUUGUAAAGAGAAAUGAACAAAACAGCUGAGAAUUUGUGACCAUAGUCCCUACGAUAAUUAUAGAUUGUAUACUAAAGAUAUAUUCGACAAAUAAAGGACUGUUACUAACGUAUAUAUACGUAAAACUAA